CUCACCGGGAAUGGAACACCAAGAGAAUUCUCUCCCAAACAACACAUUUCUGAAAAGUCUUAAAAUUAAGACCAAUACCUGAGGUUUCCUUCGUUGUCACAGUUUGGAAUGUUAAAAGGAAAGGUUUUUUUUGUAAUUGCUAGUGAUGGCAGAUAUGAAACAUUUCUGCCUCAGAAUGUUGAAAUGUGUUUAGAGCCAAAAGAAGAUGGAUGGGGUCUCUGGGGGCUGUUGUUAGAAUCUGGCCCCAGUGUUAGGGUCUCAGCAGAUAUUCCCUCCCAGUGUCAGUUCUGAUGCUUUCUGCUCUUAUCCCCCAGGAUGGCGUCAGGCAGGGCACGGUGCACCCGAAAGCUCCGGAACUGGGUAGUGGAACAAGUGGAGAGCGGGCAGUUCCCAGGGGUGUGCUGGGAUGAUACAGCUAAGACUAUGUUCCGGAUUCCUUGGAAGCAUGCGGGCAAGCAGGACUUCCGGGAGGACCAGGAUGCUGCCUUCUUCAAGGCCUGGGCAGUGUUUAAGGGAAAGUAUAAGGAGGGGGACACAGAAGGCCCAGCUGCCUGGAAGACUCGACUACGUUGUGCCCUCAACAAGAGCCCUGAAUUUGAGGAGGUUCCUGAGAAAGGCAGUAUGGAUGUUGCUGAGCCCUACAAGGUGUAUCGGCUGCUGCCACCAGGAACUCUCUCUGCCCAGCCAGGCACCCAGAAAUCACCAUCAAAGCGACACCACAGUUCCAUGUCCUCUGACAGGGAGGAGGAUGAGUGUGCCAUGAAGAACUGCAGGUUCAGUCCUUCCUCACUCCAGGAGCACCUCGAUAAUGAGGAGGUGGGGGCCAAUGGGGGAGCAGGCCAUUCAGACACUGGGAGCAGCAGCAGCCACAGCAGCAGCAGCAGCCCUGAGCCGCAGGAAGGUGCAGACACAACUGAGGCCCCCUUACAAGGGGAUCAGGAAUCCCUGGAGCUUCUGCUCCCUGUGGACUCAGACUACUCGCUGCUACUCACCUUCAUCUAUAAUGGGCGUGUGGUGGGUGAGGCCCAGGUGCAGAGCCUGGAUUGCCGCCUUGUGGCGGAGCUCUCAGGCUCCGAGAGCAGCAUGGUGCAGGUGGUGUUUCCCAAGCCUGACCCACAGGAGCCCACCCAGCGCCUGCUCAGCCAGCUCGAUAGAGGCAUCCUGGUGGCCAGCAACUCCCGAGGCCUCUUCGUGCAGCGCCUUUGCCCCAUCCCCAUCUCCUGGAACGCACCCCAGGUCCCACCUGGACCAGGCCCGCAUCUGCUGCCCAGCAAUGAGUGUGUGGAGCUCUUCACAACUGCUUGCUUCUGCAGAGACUUGGCCAAGUACUUCCAGGGCCUUGGUCCCCCACCCAAGUUCCAGGUAACACUAAAUUUCUUGGAGGAGAGCACUAGCCCCAGCCAUACCUCUCAGAAUCUUAUCACAGUGCAGAUGGAGCAGGCCUUUGCCCGACAUUUACUGGAGGAGACUCCAGAGGAACAGACAGCCACUCUGUCCCUGGUGAAGAGCCUGGGAGACCAACCUUCCACCUCAACUCUCUGUUCCUCCUAUCUCCUUUGAAAUAGACUCAUUCUCCACACUGCUGACCUGCCUCCCUUUGUGAUCAUUCCCAAUGGUUGUCUGGUAGCUAUGUCCUUAAACUCACAUACCCUGGCUGGUGGAGAACUCAAGGGUAAUUUUUAUACCCUCCUCUUUUUUUUUCUUUUUUAGAUUUUGAAAUACAUCCUCUUUCGCUCUUUCAUCUCUAAGGAACUGGGAAAUUCCAAACGAUAUGAACUCAGGGGGCCUUACCCUCUUUCCCCAACCCCCAACUCUAAAGCCAAGCACUUUAUAUUUUCUUCCUAGAUCUUCAC